AUGGCGGCUACUAAACCGAUCUUUUGCUGCCAGUCAACAGCACCAUUCUACCCACCUGAACUACCCAAGCCGUUCAAUGACCCCAAUCGGCCAGUACACGACGCAAUAUACCGAUCAUUCAUCAGCUUCGCAACCCGAGUUCACCAGUCCAUGGAACUGUUGAACCUCCUGAACGAUGAAGCUCCAGAGAGCAGCCCGAAACUACCGUCAACGAUCACCGUCCCUCCUCCUCAGCCAGCAACUCCAGCUCCAGUCUUGACACCCGACGCACUUCGAAACAGUCCUCUCACACCUCGAACACCAUAUGCUAUGCAUCUCGCAUCUCGUUAUGACUACGGGCCAGCCUACUCGCACCGUUACUUCGCUUGCCCGCUCAACUUGCAGGACGACUGGGUUGAGAUAUCGCUUGAGCAGUGGUUCGCAGAGGGGCAGUCCUUCAAAAUGAAGGCUGAAAAAUGGGACCUAAAAUGCGAGGAAAACUCGAGAUUCUUUCGGUUGACAUUGCGGCCAAAUCUAGGCUUGAGGGGACAGUUGCCUACUGUGGGCGGAGUCGCCACUGGGACUUAG